GAGCGGUCUAGAGUGGGGUGGAGCGGAGUCAGUACGGUAGCUUAUGACGAGUAUCUCAUCCUUUCGCUCCUCCUUCCACCUCUAUAUAUCCUCCCUCUUCUUCUCCUUCUGCUCUUGUGCGCCCCCCCUCGCCUUCACUCGCAAUCUGUUGUAGCUACCCCGCCAACGCUACGGUUACUUCCACUGCUACCGCCGCCACUAAACUGCCCACGUAUCAUAACUUACGAUAAACAAAUCGAAGAAAGAAAAAAUGGCCUCUCCAGCUCACGCAUUCUACUGCUUCGAAGUCCUCUCAGCGAACUUCGAGAAACGCCAUUCUCGUCCGUUGGCUAAAAUCGAGGAAAUCUACCACAAACACAAGGCUUCCUCUGCUGCGGCUGCUACGAACGGGCACACAAAUGGUCACGCGAACGGGCAUGCAAAUGGCCAUGCCAGCGGUAUUCAUUCGGCCCCGCUGUUUGUCACCUGGAAUAGGUUCCCCAAGUCCGGUCCCAAGUACCUUCGUGGGUGUAUUGGGACUUUUGAAGCUCAGCUGUUGGACUACGGACUUAAGACCUAUGCCCUCACUUCUGCGUUGGAAGAUACCCGUUUCAAUCCCAUCACUCUCAAAGAGCUUCCGAAGCUCGAAUGCGCAGUUACCAUCCUGACUGACUUCGAACCCGCCGAGGGUCCCAUGGCUUGGGAAAUUGGCACUCACGGGCUUAGGAUUAACUUUGUGUACCAUGGCAGACGCAUGGGAGCUACUUAUCUCCCCGACGUAGCCAAGGAGCAGGGUUGGACUAAGGAGGAGACUUUGGUUAGUCUUAUGCGCAAGGCGGGAUGGACCGGGAAGAAGGAUGAUUGGAAUAAGGUUCAAUUGGACGUUGUCACUUAUCGCGGGACUAAGGCGAGCGUCACGUGGGAGGAGUAUAGAGGUUUGCUUGCGGUAGAAGGGGAGGAGGAGGAGGAUGAAGAUGAUUUGGAUGAGGGGGAGGAGGAAUAGACUUAGAAUGCGUUGCUUUUUAUUUUAUUUUAUACUUUCUUGUGUCUCGUAGAGGUUAUAGCUAGAUGUAGUGAUGGUGAACGCUGCAUAGAUAUGCUUUUUUCCUUUUUUCCUUUUUCCCUUGAGAGGGGAAUUGGGGGGGGGUGGG